AUGUCGCUAUUAUUAACCGCCAUCGCUGUUCCGAUUGAGACAUACUGGAAGGGCCCAUCAAAUAAGCAUGGAUUUCUAGCCAUAUAUUCAUUGGGAUGUUUCUUCUCGACGUUUGGACCGAGCAGUACGACCUUCAUCGUGCCGGCGGAGUUAUUCCCUGCUCGCCUGCGGUCGACAUGCCAUGGCCUGUCUACUGCGGCUGGAAAAGUAGGCGGCUUGCUUGGAAUGUUUGGGUUGGUGUUUGCAGGUAGUAAGUUAGGCCCAAAGAGAACUCUUCUCCUCCUUGCAGUUGGAAGCUUUUUGGGUUUUCUGUGCACAUUUCUGAUUCCGAAAACGAUGGGAAGAUCGUUAGAAGAAAAUGAGGGAGAAAUCGGGUUAUCACAGUGUGACAGCUUGCAUGGUUAUAGCAUAGACACGAGUACUACAGAAACGACCAACUCUACUCGUAUCUUCUGUUUAAACGUUAGGGGCAAUCUUACAGCCGCAACGUCCACAUAA